GGUCGGGGUCAUAUUGAGGUUACCCUGGUCAUGCCAGGAGGCUAGGUUGCUAGCACUAAACAGGGUGCAAGGCAGGGUCUAUAAUCUACUGUAUCGCGUUGCAGAGCUACCUCUGACCUGUUUUCCUGUCUUCAGCUCUGGCUGCGCUUUUUAAAAAAUGACGGGGACGUCGUUGGGCUGGAUGCUUGGGAUCCUUUUAACCUGAUAAACACUGUUGCUAACGUUAGCCUGUUAGCUUUCCUGGCUGUUUUUAAUGCUCCACAAACUGUGACCCUCCUCGGAUUUCUACUGUACCUCAGCGGAUUUGACGAUUCUCUGACUUUAAGAAGGAUGUUCCUGGUCGGACUCACCGGGGGGAUCGCCUCGGGGAAAAGCACGGUGUCCUCCAUGCUGCGGGAGCUCGGCUGCCCCAUCAUAGACGCCGACGUGGUGGCCAGGAAAGUUGUGGAGCCGCACACUCCCGCCUAUUCCCGGAUCGUCUAUCACUUCGGGCCCGAGGUUCUGCUGGAGAACGGGCAGAUCGACCGGCAGAAGCUCGGCCAAAUCAUCUUUGCCCACGAAGAGAAGAGGAAGCUACUGAACUCCAUCACGCACCCGGAGAUUCACAGAGCGAUGCUCAAACAGAUCGUAUUCUACUUCCUGAGAGGGUACCGCUAUGUGGUCUUGGAUGUGCCCCUCCUCUUUGAAACGAGACGUCUCACCAAGUUUCUGAACCACACCGUGGUCGUUUACUGCGACCCCGCCACUCAGCUGCAGCGCCUCAUGCAGCGGGACAGCCUGACCCAGGAGCAGGCCGAGCAGCGCGUGGCAGCGCAGAUGCCGCUCAACGAGAAGCGCGGCCUGGCCAACCACGUCAUCGAAAACUCAGGCAGCCGAGAGGACACCCAAAGGCAGGUCCUGCGGCUGCACACGAAGCUGGAGGACUCCAUGGACUUCCUCCUGGUGAGGGUGAUCGCUGUGGCUGCCACCGCCGGCCUGAGCGGGAUCCUGCUCUACGCGGCCAAGCUGCUGCUGUCCUAACCAGACGAGAGGAAGACGAGAAAAAACGAGUUUAAGAUGUGAAGCUGCGAUUAGAGCGAAGGCCGGUCGGUCGGGAGCACCGAUUGCGGUUUCCUGUAAAAGUCUAUUUCACAGCACCUACCACUAACAGCGCAGCAGUGGGGCGCUUUAUGUUGACAGUUAACAGGCCUAGAAAAAAAAAAACCUCACUGACAAAUAGGGUUUAGUGCGAAGAGUGCAUGUUGUUCCGGCUUUCCUCAGAAAGACUAACUAGUGAAGACGAUGAAGUAGAACCUCUUCAGCUCAGCAUAAAACUACAUUUUACCAUGAAGGCAAAACAACCAAAACAAACUUUUUUUUUUUUAAAGAAAUUAGACAAAGAGGGGGAUUUUAUUGGUUGAAAAUAAAUAAAUAAAUAUUUUUUUUUAAUAGCUGCUACCUUUUUUAAUCCAGAUUUUAAGUUCCCAUUUAUAUUUGGCACCAACUCACUUUAUAUUUGUAGCUAAAUGUUGAUGCUAGCCUCCCCUCUUCCCCCCUCGGUCACAAGUGUGUUUUUUUAAAGCGUGAAGCAGAAAUCAAAUGAAAGAGCUAAGGAUACUCUGACCAGACGCAUACAGAACAGGUGAUGAUUGUAAAGUGAUGGUAUAUUUGACAGAAUGUAAAUGACAAUCUGUUUUGGUUUUGUUUUCACUGGGAACAGUAGGAAUUAAAAGAUUUCAUAAUGGUCACUGUAUUUUCUUACACUUCCAUGUGUUCUCUGUUGAAAUGAAGUCUGUAAUUUUCUUUUUUUGCACACUUGUAACUAAGAUGUUUGUAACCUGAUUUGUGUAACUUAAAUAUAACAGACCACACCACUGUAAAA